UCCUGGUCGCGGUGGACAUCACUUCCGGGGCAGCAUGGCGGCCACGGAGGAUGAGCUUCUUCCUGGUAGCGGUGAGGGAGAGCGGCUGGAUUUCCUGCGGGACAGGCACGUGCGGUUCUUCCAGCGCUGCCUUCAGGUCUUGCCGGAGCGCUACUCUUCGCUGGAGACCAGCAGGUUGACAAUUGCAUUUUUUGCACUCUCCGGGCUGGAUAUGUUGGACUCCUUAGAUGUGGUGAACAAAGAUGAUAUAAUAGAGUGGAUUUAUUCCCUUCAGGUCCUUCCCACAGAAGACAGAUCAAAUCUAAAUCGCUGUGGUUUCCGAGGCUCUUCAUACCUGGGUAUUCCGUUCAAUCCAUCAAAGAAUCCUGGAACAGCUCAUCCUUAUGAUAGUGGCCACAUAGCAAUGACCUACACUGGCCUUUCAUGUUUAGUUAUUCUUGGAGAUGACUUAAGCAGAGUAAAUAAAGAAGCUUGCUUAGCAGGCUUGAGAGCCCUUCAGCUGGAAGAUGGAAGUUUUUGUGCUGUACCUGAAGGCAGUGAAAAUGACAUGCGAUUUGUGUAUUGUGCUUCCUGUAUUUGCUAUAUGCUGAAUAACUGGUCAGGCAUGGAUAUGAAAAAGGCCAUCACCUAUAUUAGAAGAAGUAUGUCCUAUGACAAUGGGCUGGCACAGGGAGCUGGACUUGAAUCUCAUGGAGGAUCUACUUUUUGUGGCAUUGCGUCACUAUGUCUAAUGGGAAAACUAGAAGAAGUUUUUUCAGAAAAAGAAUUGAACAGAAUAAAGAGAUGGUGCAUAAUGAGGCAACAAAAUGGUUAUCAUGGGAGACCUAAUAAACCCGUGGACACCUGUUAUUCUUUUUGGGUAGGAGCAACUCUAAAGCUUCUGAAAAUUUUUCAAUACACUAACUUUGAGAAAAAUAGAAAUUACAUCUUAUCAACUCAAGAUCGCCUUGUAGGGGGAUUUGCCAAAUGGCCAGAUAGUCAUCCAGAUGCUUUGCAUGCAUACUUUGGGAUCUGUGGCCUGUCACUAAUGGAGGAAAGUGGAAUUUGUAAAGUUCAUCCUGCUCUGAAUGUAAGCACACGGACUUCUGAACGCCUUAGAGAUCUUCAUCAAAGCUGGAAAAACAAGGACUCUAAACAGUGCUCAGAGAAUGUACAUAUCUCCACAUGACUGAUUUUAGAUUAGGGGGGUGGGAUUUGUAGCCUAACUGUAGCUCAAGGUUAAAAGCCAUGUAUAACCAAGUGUGCUCUUUUUUUAAGGGAUAGAGUCUUACAAUCAAAACUCAUACUGAUAUCACUUUGGAAAAUGGUCUUGAGCCAGUAACCUUUGUACUAGGUUUCAAGAAAAUCUUUGUUGAAGUUUGAACCACAUUGGAUUCUGUUGUGGUUCUUAAAUGUUUAUACAAUAUUUCUAAGAAGUUCUUUGAGGUAAAUUAACUGUAUGUAUGUAGGUUAUCUUUUUUAAAACUCCUAGUACAAAUUGUAUCUUAUAUAAAGUGAACACAAAUCUUCAAAACAAGUUUGUACUUCAUAUAGCAUUGAUAAUCUUCAGUUGAGGACUUAAUGAUCAUUUAAAAAUCUUGACUGCUGAUGUUAAAAAAAAUUGCAUUAAUGAAUUAAGUAUCUGGGAUUAGUCUUUGAAAACAGAUGAUCCCAUAAUUUUUUUUUUUUUUUUACAGAAUGGCUUAUUUUAUCUUAUUCUGAAGUGUGCCAAUUAAACGUAUGUGGCCAAUAUAAAUGAAAUUAAUGACUGGAAAAAAGUAAAUAAGCCUAAUUAAUAAGAUAGUUUUCUAAAGGGAGAUUGUUUUAAGAAAACUAUUAUGUAACUGAGGAAAGAGUAAUUUAAUUGUGAUUAUGAAAGAGAAAGUUUUGUGCUGUGUGGAUCUUUAUGUAUAUGUAGACAUUGCUGGUGUGACUACCAGUUAUGUUUUAUUUUAAUCUCAUAUCAUUAGUUGUCUUUUCUAGGGGUGGGGGAGAAAACAUUCUUAUAUAGAAGGAAAAGCAUUUAGUGUUUCUGUUUAUAUUUCUAAGAUUCAUGAUACUGAAAAUUAUACUUUUCUAAUAGUUACUUUUAGCCAUUUAAAAUUUUUGUUGACACCAGUGUGUUAUUAGCUGUUCUUAUUUCAAACUAUCUGGUUGCGCAUCCCUAAUCCAACAAUCUGAAAUCUAGAAUAGUUCAAAAUCCAAACUUUUUGAGUGCCAACAUGACACUCAAGUAGAAAAUUAUCUGACCUCUUACGACAGAUUACAGUGAAAAUGUAAUAAACACAGUAAAAAUGUAUAAAAUUAGCUUCAGCUAUUUAUGUAAGGUAUAUAUGAAACAAAUUCAUUGUGUUCUGACUUAGGUCUCAUUCACAAGAUAUUAUGUAUAUGCACAUAUUCUAAAAUCUGGGGAAAAAAUGAAAAUCGAAAUCACUUCUGAUCCUAAGCAUUUUG